AUGACCGACAAGAAGAGCACGAGGGAGAACCACGACAAGGGAACCCGACACAAGAUGGCCUACAAGGAGCACUUCGACAAGCUCAAGAAGGAGAAGAUCGAGCUCGCCAAGGCCGAUGACGAAGUCCUCGCCGAGCUCCAAAAGAUUGAGAGGGCGGCCAACCAGCAGUACGCCGAGGAUGUGACCAAGGGCUACGCGGCCCAAACACAGAGCGAUCCAGCGCAGAGGCAGCAGUACUUCUUCUAUGGCAGCGGAGAGGUGGCGACGACGACCGAGGAGGAAGACGAGGUCCUGGCGGCGGCGCAAGGGAACCACGAGCUGCUGGAGAUCAUCGCCAAGAAGAAGGAGGAGAAGCGGAAGCGGGAGGAAGAGGAGGAGCGAAAGAGGGUCGAAGACGAGCGGCUGUUCGAGGAGAAGAAGAAGCGGGCCGGCCCCUACGGCAUGUGGACCACCGUCGACAAAAGCGAAAUCGAGGCGAGGGAGGAAGAGCAGAGGUCGUACAAGAGGCAGAAGAUGCGCGAGAUCGAGCAGGACAGCGGCUGCCCCGCCGCCACCGCCUCCAGCCGCGUAGCGGUUGACGUUGAGCAGACGGCGACGGUCGGCCUCGGCCUCGGCUUCGGCCUCCUCGCGUCGCUUCCUGGUCGCCGCGGCAUCUUGCGCAGUCUGUGA